AUGGUUUCCCAACGGUCAACGCCAAAGCGUUCACCGAGAAGGCGACGAGUGCACGAAUCGUCGAGAACAGAUUCGUUGUCGACAAAAGGCGAUGUUGACGGAGGCAGUGGAAGGACGAGUACAACGUCGGCGAUCACUUGGAAAUAUUUCGCUGAAGAGUCUGAUAUGCCGCCACAACGCAUCAAACCCAUUCGAACACCAAUUCAACGUAAAAGAAUUUGUUGA